CCGUCAAAGUGCGAGUCUAUAGCAACUCCCGCUGUUGACAACAGUACCCUAACCUACCAAUGUUUGCUUAUUUAUUGUUAUUAUUAUGAUUAUUUAAAUUGAGCUCUAAAUUUGCUCUAUUUGAAAUACUUUUUACAAGUACCUUACAAUCUAAGAGUUAAUUAUGACUUCCGAGCUGCACCAAAUAAAGCGGAUAUUUGAUUCAUUCCAAAUGCCCCUUUCAAAGGAAUGGCUGGAAAGUUGCAUAGAAUGGUGCAAACAAGAUAAUUUACCUACAAAUUACAGUAUAAAGCAUCUUCAGAAUAUGAUAUAUGAGCAGUGGUUGUUAUUAGAUCUAAGAGAUGUCGAGAUACCUUCCUUACCUGAAGGCCUUAAUUCAGAAAAGAAGUACACUUUAACGGGGGUUUUUUAUCUUCAAGUGCUGCAAGUUAUAGAUAUAUCUAAACCUAAACUGUGGCAAAUACAGAGGAUACGAAACAAAGUGGGCAAAAAUACGGAAGUUGAAAAAGACUUUGGGAAACGGGUUCUACAACUCACUCUAACCGAUGGAGUUCAAGAGGUUGAAGCGAUGGAAUUUAAAGCAGUUGCUUGUCUGAACAUAAACUCUCCUCCGGGUACCAAGCUGAAAAUUAUAGGCCCUGUUAUGGUUCGCAAUGGACGAAUUAUGCUGGAACCUGCCCAUGUUAAAAACUUGGGCGGUUCAGUGGAAGAUAUUCUAGUGAAAAAUGCUGCCGAAAAUGUACUCGCUAGAGCACUGGGACUAGAAGAAAAUCCAAAUCCGAAUACUAUAGAUGAAAAAAUCUUAGAUGUCACUGAAGGCCAUAACAGUGUCCAGGAAAAUCGCCAACAAUUUAAUGCACCAAACGAAAAUUUACCUCGCAAUCAACCAAAUAUUAAUACACAUGCAGCUAGAAAUGUCCGGGCGGAUUCCAUUUCGAAUCAUCCGAAUUCUAAGACAACAAUUACGAAAGUUCAAUCGAAAUGUGAAAUAGGCAACGAUCUGUUACAGGAACCUCGGGAAGAGUUUAAUACCUCUGUUAGUAGCAAUUUGAAAAACUCCCAUCGAAAUAUUCCUGAUUCAAAUAGGGAUUGUUUAUCUCCAGAUCUCUUUGACGAAAUGGAAUUUGACGAUUCAAUACUAAAUCAGCAUUUAAAUGAAAUUGAUAUACCGUCAACAAACGUCCGUAAUGCACAGAAAAGUAACUUUACUGAACCGAAACAUAUUAAAGAUUUAAAAACAAAUUCUGCUGCGCCCAAUGCAGAAGGAGAUUGUGUGAUAGUAUUAGACGACAGUUUUGAUGACAUAGAUAUUGAUUCGCAUUUAGAUCAUCUAGAUGAACGAAUGGCAGAUUUGCCGUGUAGUACUCAAGUAAGGAAGGAGUUAAAAAAUAAUAUUCAUAGUCCUGAAUUGAAACGUCCAAAAAAGCGAAAUUUGGCCACAUCUUCCAAGAAGUUAUUCCAGAGCAAAUUAGAAUUUGGAGUUCCAUCCAGUAGCAAGGUUGGAUCAAGUGCUGUCGCCAGAAACUCCAAUAUAAAUCAAAUGUUUCAAGAUCGGCAUUCUCCGGUUGCUAUAAAACCGUCCAAACCCAUAAUAGAGGUGCAAAGCUCCUCCAAAGACAGAGAAAAAUCCGUUUCCAGCCAGUUCAAAAAUCAGCAACAGUCGCCAGAUACACGGAAUGUGAUAUCAGUACAGAAACUUCUGAGUGUCGUGCCAAAUGUUAGUAAGGGAAAAUUUAAAAUCCGCGGAAAAUUCAAGCGUGUAAAGGAAAAACUGAAAACAACUGCUACUAGUCUUUAUUUGAGCAUUAUAGUAGCAGACGAAACAGGAGAGGUAACAGUAGAAGUUGAUUCGAGUAUAGCCACAAAGUUUGCGCAAAUUACACUAGAGAGAUUGGAACAGUUGCGCCAAUUAAGUCUCCAGUCCGAUGAGCACGCUAAACCAGAAAUUAUGCAGGCUUUGAGAAAUCUUCACCUUAAACUAGUCGCAUUGGAUAACAUAUUGGAGCUGCAAGUUACUAGAGGCGAAAAAUAUCCUGUUGUAAUUAACGUGCUGGACAAUUCCUGAAUCAGUCUAUCGUUUAAGGUCACAUUUGUGUAGGAUACGGUUAUUUGUGUGCCAUGGAAUAAAAUGCAAACUUUAAUAAAUAA